UCUAAUUAUAAUUCUUUCUUUGGUUCUUUGUUAAUGGCUUCUUCUUGUUUAAUGGCACUUCUUCUUCUUCUGGCUUCUUCUUCUUCAAUGGUUUCUGCUGCCAUUGUUGAACAUUCUUUCACUGUGCAAGACAUGACCGUUAGACGGCUCUGCCGUGAGCAAGAGAUAACGGCGGUCAACGGUGAAUAUCCAGGUCCAACCAUUCACGUUCAAGACGGCGACGUUCUCGUUGUCCAUGUCACCAACAACUCCCCCUACGAUUUAACCAUUCACUGGCAUGGAGUAUUUCAGUUGCUUAGCGCAUGGGCUGAUGGACCAGAAAACAUAACCCAAUGUCCGAUACGACCAGGCGGAAACUACACAUACAAAUUCCAAAUCAAAGAACAAGAAGGAACUUUGUGGUGGCAUGCCCACUCGUCCUGGCUACGCGCCACCGUCCACGGUGCCCUUCUCAUCCGCCCUAAGUCCAAUCGGCCAUUGCCAUACCCAAAGCCUUACAAGAAGAUUCCAAUCUUGUUGGGAGAGUGGUGGAAUGCCAACGUCGUCCACGUUGAAGAGGAAGGCCUCGCCACCGGCUCCGGUCCCAAUAUCUCCGACGCCUACACCAUUAAUGGACUCCCUGGAAACCUCUACCCUUGCUCCCAAAACCAAACUUAUCAAUUAAAAAUGGUGCGCGGGAAAACUUACUUGCUUCAAGUAAUCAACGCUGCACUCAAUAACCAAUUCUUCUUCAAGUUCGCCAAUCACAAUUUCACCGUCGUCGCCGUUGACGCCACCUACACCGACCCUUACGUUACCGAUGUCAUCGUCCUAGCUCCCGGCCAGACCACCGAUGUCCUUGUCAAAGCCGACCAGCCUCUCGGCUCUUACUACAUGGCAGCGCGUCCCUACGCCGAUGCACGACCACCUAUAGAUUUUUCAGACACCAUUACACGCGCCAUCGUUACUUACGAUGGCGCAUCAUCCUCGACUGCUCCAGUAAUGCCAGUCCUACCAGCAUUCAACGACACCCCAACUGCACAUAAAUUCUACAGCAACAUAACUGCUCUUGUUGGAGCCCGCCACUGGAUCCCAGUCCCUCGCCACGUGGAUAAUCACAUGUUUGUGACGUUUGGGUUGAACUUGGCCCCAUGCGGAACAGGUAACGAGAGCACGUGCGGCGGGCCGAACGGGCAGAGACUAUCGGCGAGCAUGAAUAAUGUGUCGUUUGUGAUACCAAACGACGCCGGAUUGUCGAUGUUGGAGGCGUAUUUUCAUAAGGUGGAGGGAGUUUAUAGUAGAGAUUUUCCGGAUGACCCGCCGGUGAAAUUUGAUUACACAAAUCCAAGUUUAGGAUUGGAUAAUUCGUUGAUUUUUGCGCCGAAGGCUACGAAGGUGAAGAAAUUGAAGUUUAAUUCGACGGUGGAGAUGAUUCUUCAGAACACUGCUUUUAUUUCCUUGGAAAAUCAUCCAAUGCAUCUCCAUGGAUUCAACUUCCAUGUACUAGCACAAGGCUUUGGAAAUUAUGAUCCGAUUCGUGACCCGAAGAAGUUCAAUUUCGUCAAUCCACAAAUCCGUAACACCAUUGCGGUCCCUGUCGGCGGCUGGGCUGUCAUUCGUUUCCAAGCUAAUAAUCCAGGUGUAUGGCUGAUGCACUGCCACCUGGACGUCCACGUACCAUGGGGAUUGGCUAUGGGGUUUGAAGUCGAGAAUGGUCCAACGCCGUCGACGAGGCUGCCUCCGCCGCCGCACGAUCUUCCCAAAUGCUAGAGAAACUGUCUGCAAAAGUUCCUCCAAAUUUCAACAAAAUUUAUUGUUGUUGUAUUUUUAUAUUUAAUUUUAAGUUUGAAAAUAAAAUAUGCUUAUUAAAAUAAAUCAAUUAUUUUAUAGUUAUUUUCAAGAUUUAUCAAAUUACGAAAUA